UUUCCGGUGGAGCCGCCGCCGAGCCGCUACCGCAGAGUAGAGCGGGGCUGGGAGGGAAGCGCCCGGACAGCUCAGCCAGCCGCAGCCUCGCACCCGCUGUCCCGCGUCCGCCGCCGCCCGUGCCCAGACAGCCAUGGCCUCCGGCAGCACCGCCAGCGAUGAGGAGCGCAGCCUCCGCGAGUGCGAGCUCUACGUCCAGAAGCACAACAUCCAGGCGCUGCUCAAGGAUUCCAUCGUGCAGUUGUGCACUGCCCGGCCCGAGCGACCCAUGGCAUUCCUCAGGGAAUACUUCGAGAGGCUGGAGAAGGAGGAGGCAAAACAGAUUCAGAAUCUGCAGAAGGCGAGCGCCCGUGCAGAUUCGAGGGAGGAUGAGAUCUCUCCUCCCCCACCCAACCCAGUGGUUAAGGGCCGGAGGCGACGAGGUGCCAUCAGUGCUGAAGUCUACACGGAGGAAGAUGCUGCAUCGUACGUUAGAAAGGUUAUACCAAAAGAUUAUAAGACAAUGGCUGCUUUAGCCAAAGCCAUUGAAAAGAAUGUGCUCUUUUCACAUCUUGAUGACAAUGAGAGAAGUGAUAUUUUCGAUGCCAUGUUUCCGGUUUCCUUUAUUGCCGGAGAGACCGUGAUUCAGCAAGGUGAUGAAGGGGAUAACUUCUAUGUGAUUGAUCAAGGAGAGAUGGAUGUCUAUGUCAACAACGAAUGGGCAACCAGCGUUGGGGAAGGAGGCAGCUUUGGGGAACUCGCUUUGAUCUAUGGAACGCCUAGAGCCGCCACUGUCAAAGCAAAGACGAAUGUGAAACUGUGGGGUAUCGACCGGGACAGCUACAGAAGAAUCCUCAUGGGAAGCACGCUGAGAAAGCGGAAGAUGUAUGAGGAGUUUCUUAGUAAAGUAUCUAUUUUAGAAUCUCUGGACAAGUGGGAACGUCUCACAGUCGCUGAUGCGUUGGAACCUGUUCAGUUUGAGGAUGGGCAGAAGAUUGUGGUGCAAGGCGAACCAGGGGACGAGUUCUUCAUUAUUUUAGAGGGCUCAGCUGCUGUGCUACAACGUCGGUCAGAAAACGAAGAGUUUGUCGAAGUGGGAAGAUUGGGGCCUUCUGACUAUUUCGGUGAGAUCGCGCUCCUGAUGAACCGUCCUCGCGCCGCCACGGUGGUCGCUCGCGGCCCUUUGAAGUGCGUGAAGCUGGACCGACCCAGAUUUGAGCGCGUCCUCGGCCCGUGCUCAGAUAUCCUCAAGCGAAACAUCCAGCAGUACAACAGUUUUGUGUCGCUGUCUGUCUGAGACCCGCCUCCCGUGCCUCCCUGUCGUCCUGUCCCCGGUCCGUGCCUCCCUCGCGCAGACGGCUUUCCCCCCUCCUGGCAGCACGGCGGCUUUUCGUCUGUUCGUAUUCAAAGUCGCUUCUAUCGCACCGUUUUUCAUGUGGAGCGUUGACCGGAUGCCCCGACGCAGUUAAAUAAACAG